AUGUCGAGCACCGCGGGGAUUGGCAUGGCAAAGAAUGAGGAGGGGUUAAAGCUGGUGCUAGUAAAUGAAGGUUCCUGUGCCCGCAAAAUGGUGGGGAUUUGGCUUUUUGGGUCUACUGCAUGGGUGUUCAGUAUGGUGCUACUUGGUGGUGUUACCAGACUCACGCGCUCUGGCCUGUCCAUGACAGAUUGGAAAUUUACUGGUUCCCUUCCUCCCCUAUCCGAAGAGGAAUGGUUGCGGGAGUUUGACAAAUAUAAGCAAUCCCCUAAGUAUAAGCGAUUUCCUCAAUUAGUUGUUCUUAGUGGCAUCGCUCUAUGGUCAAAUAAAGUUGCAAAGGCUCCAAAAGACAAAGAACACCCAUAUGGACAUGGUAAAUUUGAGACUCUAGGAAGCCUUGGAAUCUCUUGUAUGCUUUUGUUAACUGCUGGUGGCAUUGCAUGGCAUGCUUUAGAGAUUUUGCUAGGAAUGCGGUCAUCACAUCCUGAAAUAGUUGAUCAGUCAUUUUCACAUGAGCAUGUGCAUCAUAGUGGACACCAUCAUGGAGUUGAAAUGGAUCAUCCCAUCCUGGCUUUGAAUAUGACUAUUGUAUCCAUUUGUGUAAAAGAAGGGCUUUAUUGGAUAACAAAACGGGCUGGAGAAAGACAAGGCAGUGGGCUGAUGAAAGCAAAUGCCUGGCAUCAUCGUGCAGACGCUGUUUCAUCAGUAGUUGCUCUCAUUGGCGUUGGUAAGGAGCACUGCCUCUUCUAUGUUUUGGAGCUGGUGGAUGCUGCAAUCCCAGGAAAACAUCUGGAAUCUAUUAAACAAACAAUACUUCAAACUGAGGGUGUCAAGGGAUGCCAUCGGAUGAGGGGAAGGAGGGCUGGUUCAUAUCUGUAUCUUGAUGUACAUAUUGAGGUUGACCCUCUUUGUAGUGUUAGUGCUGGACAUUACAUUGGUGAAAAUGUUCGUCAUCACAUUCACAAAUCCCACCCUGAAGUAGCUGAAGUUUUCAUACACAGACAAACUAUACAGGCUGGUGUCAGUGUUAUAGGUGCAAGAUAUAGUGAUGCACUGAUGCUGCUUCAACCCUUGUCUGAGCUAGAGGCUUUGGUGCAGGGUGUUUCCAAAACCCAUGGUUACAUAGUUGGAAGGAAAAGUACUAGUAAAAGACAGCUGCACUUGCCGUUACACCAAAUAUGUUACAUGAAAAUGACAAUUGUGACUGGGUUUCAGAAAAUGGUUGUUGAGCGCGUAACUCACCACUUGUUGCAAGGCAAGCUUUUACUCCAAAUUGAGGUCUCUAUGCCACCAGAAAUGUCGAUACGGGAUGCAAAGGAGAUGGCAGAAGAAGCAGAGAAUGAGAUUUUGAAGGCAGCCUCAAAUAUCAUUCAUGUAAGCAUUCAGCUACGUUUGGGGCAUCCAAUUCCACAGUUGAACCUUUGAAUAGCAAAAGUGUCACAAAGUGGAAAAAAGACACAAUAUCUAACCUAA